AUGUUGAAAUUUGAAGUAGAUCAACAUUCUGCUUGUACCAGUUGCAAGGGUACAGUGUGUGAUCUUGGUACUAGAUGUGAAGAAUGUAGGGCUACCAACUGCCAGGUCCAGGUUGCAACGCAACGUUGUACGACCCCUGCGCCCAUGAAGAGUGUAGGACCACGCCCAGUUGUGCCACCACCACAACGGACUGAUCGUUUGGCACCGGAGGCUUGCCACCACUCUGCUACGACCUCGUUAGUCAGCUUUGGGUGGGUUAAUGUUGUCCUAGAAAUGGCAGACAACAGUACAUCAAAGUCAGCAAAAACAAGAGACAAGAUUCGAAGCAUCAGAUCCCUGACUGUCGUUGUGCAGCCUGCUGUGGCCAGUGACCAUGGGUUUCAAGAACUUCAGUUUGUCAAGAUUUCAACCUGUGAUAGAUCACAACCAGCACUACUUGUCAUUGAUGGCAAAAUUAUGCAAAAUGUAUCUAUUGUUAAUGAAAGUUGUUCAGAUCUGCUAUUUCAAGGUGAGGAAAUUACCGUUACAUCUCCUUGUCUCAGACUGAUAGCAGAGGAGGUUUCAUUGUUGCCUAUUUCUCAUAAAGAUAUAGGUGACUUGGUAUCAUUCACAGAAUACCUUAAACAGCAGCUUAUUAUGAGAAACUUUGUAAUUCAAGCUGAUAGUAACAUAAUUAUCCAAUACUUAAGUCAAGACAUAGUUUUGAAAAUUAUGUCUAUAAGAAACUUUGGAUCAGAUACAGAUGAAUGUCAGGUGCCAGCAGAAUGUAUCUGGCAAACUCGUGUAAUGUUUGAAAGCCAUUCAAGAACAUCAGGUGAUAAAGGAAAGCAUGAAAUAACCUUCAGUGAUGUAGGAGGUUACAAGUUGGAAAUUGAAAAUCUAAAGAAGGAAAUAGGAAGGUUAUUUUCCAUAGAAAAAUCUACUGUGAAGGCAGUGAAAGGCAUACUAAUAAGUGGACCUGCAGGUUGUGGAAAGAGUUUGAUUGGGAAAGCAUUAAAAAGCGAAUAUAAAGAUAAAUUUAUCUGCAUCGAUUUGGAUUCUACCAAAAGCAGAUUUCAAGGAGAGACAGAGAUGAAUUUAAGGCAACAGUUCACCAGGCAACUAAAUAGAGCACCUUGCCUUGUUUUCAUUGAUGACAUAGAUAUCCUGUGCACAAGCCGAGAUCGAGGUGAUAACAGUGGUAUCGUGACAACGUUACUUCAUCUUAUUGAUGGUCUUAAUACAUCUGCAGAUGGGAUACUUGUUGUUGCAACUGCAACUAAACCUCAAACUCUUGAUGCUGCUUUAAGAAGACCGGGCAGGCUAUCAUAUGACAUAUUCUUGUCAGUACCCGAAGAAUGUGACAGAGAAGAUAUUCUUCAAAAAAUGUUAGAUAAGUAA